AUGGGCUCCCACAACUGGCCAGGACGCCGCGCCCGACUCCUCCCUUGGACCCCAUGGCUACGACAGAUACUACAAGAACAAGAGUCUUUGAUCCUAACCCGUGCCGAGAGUGAUGCGCCAAAUGCGUCCACGGCCAUGUUGCUCGACCAUCUCCCCCUGGACGUUGUACUCUUGAUCGGAGACCACCUGGACGAUGCCAGCGUCCGCAACCUUCGAGCCGUGUCUCGGGACUUCCGUCACGCUAUGGAAGACCUGUUCGUUCGCUCCAACAUUACCGACCUAUGUUCACAUCCCGUCGUGGCUAUUCCGAUGGCGGUGCCGACAAGGUUGCAACGAGCAGAUGCUAUAUCAAGGAUACCCGCCAUCGCCGAGGCGAUUUCCGAGAUCCACAUCUGCCUCACCCUCCCGUGGUCCGAGACGACAUGGAGGUACCUCGCCCAAACCUGUGAAAAGGCUGACGCCCAAAGCAUGGGGGGACGCGAGCUUUGCUCGCGUUGGCCGAGCGAAGAAAGUGCCCAAGGGAGAGAGCGUCGCACCCUGCUUCUGAAGCGCAUCCUCGGGCGGCUGGUCAAGCUCCGCAAGGUCGAGGUGGAUUUUAUCGGCUUCGGGAUCGGGAUCGGGCACCUCGACGGCCAUAUCAACAUGCUCGCGCUCGAGGAGCACUGGCCAGAUGCUCGAGAGGCAUCUGAAAGCGUCCAGGCGCUGAUGUCCAACGCCCUUGACGCCGUCUCCACGGUGAGCGACCGCGUCCGCACCCUCCGGGUUGGUCACUACACAAGGAUAUAUCCCGGGCUCUCCCCCGCUGGAGACACGAGGAUCUGGAACAAGCACAUGGGCGCCGGGACCAUGGCCAAUCUCACAGAGCUGACGAUGGUGCUGUCCGGCUUCGGCUUGAACACGGGUUCGUUCGGGAAGAGCGAAGACUUCCACGGCUCACGCAUCCUGAGCCGGUUCCUGAGGGCGGCGCCCAACAUCAAGGACCUCUGCGUGUGCGGGACAGACUACGCUUGCCUCAAUUCGCAAACGAUAGCCACCAUUGCGGCCAGAGUGCGCCCCCACACGCUGAGAGCGCUGCGCCUGAAGCACUUCGUCACGACCUCGCAGACGCUUCAGAAGCUCCAUGCAAACCACAGCGCGUCGCUCCGAAUGCUGCAUUUCGAGCAGGGAGGCUUGAUCGAGGGCGGCUGGGUGCAGCUUCUCCGAACCUGCAGCACAUCAUGCUUGCACCUGCACCAUGCGCUUUUCGGAAGCCUCUACGAUCUCAAUGCGGCCGGCUUUCAAUGCAUAACGUUCCCCUUUCAUGUGUCGGGUCCAGACGUGGAGAGGUGGUGCGAGGAGUGCGGAAAGUGGGACCAGAAGGAAAUGGACAUUCGCAGCCGCGUCCUAGUCAGAAUGAGGAGGGGUCUUGAGUUCCGCGAGAUGCCUUACGACACAGGGAUGUUAAGAAUACAGGAUUACGAGCCUCCGAGCUACGGAGUCCGAGAAAACGCCAUGGGGGUUUUCAAGCUUCGCUCAACAUCCAAGGCGUAUCGAAAAACUCAGAAGUUCGAGUUCGGGCUCGGUCGUACAGGUGCAUCGUCAACUCUCUGGGGAAAGGAACCACGGAAUGCAUUCUGGCCCUGA